UAUAUGAUAUGCCUAUACAGAAGUUGAUAAAAUUCAUAUGAAGUUGAGUCAUUCUGAAAGCAUUUCGCUUAUUACCGCGCGAAUACUUCUGAGUUUAGUUCUCAAAGAGCAUUGUUAAAGACUUUUUUCUUGCUUUCUAACGUGACAUGUAUGCUACUAUUGCAAAUAUUUAAAUGAGAGUAAAAAACAAUUUAAAAAAAAGUAUUUGAAAAAUUGCGAUAAAUUGUGAUAUUGUUAGAAAACACGGUGAAAAUAAUGAAAAUAAUUUGAAAUUUUGAAAUUUGUGAAAAAUACAUUUUACUACAGCAGACAAAUAUGGCUACAUCAAAGAAAUUAAUUCCAUUGAAUGUUGGAAACGAUAUUAAAGAAACUCAUGAAACUAUUUUAAAUAUUCAUAAUUAUGAAUUUGAAUGGAGAAUUUCUGAAUUUGAGUUUGUUUGUAACAAUGUAAAAGUAAUUAAAUCUGAUGUCUUUUCAACAAAGGAUUUUAAAGAUGGCAAAUGGAUAAUUAUACUGGAACCAACAGAAUUAAUAGAAAACAACAAGGAUUUUUUUAAAAUUCAUUUAAUGUUUUACGAUACGAAAUUCAAAAGAGACAAAACAUUAUUAAAUGUUCGAUUAACAUUUAAAGAAGAUAGUUGUGAAUAUAUAACAUUGAUUUAUGAUGGAUCAUUUGACACUAAAAAUUCAGAAGAAGGUGGACGAAAAAUUUCUUGGCACAUAAGUGGAUCAGAAAUGCUUCAAACCUUUAUCGAUAGGACACCAAAGAAUUCUCAAACUCCUUCAUAUUCUUUAGAAACUAUUCUAAGUAAGGUCCUAAUUAAAUGCAGGAUUAAUGUCAUUGCUCCUGGUACGACAAUAAGACACGGAUCGCUUAUUGAUAUUGAAAAAUGUAAUGGACUAAUACAAAAUAUGAAAAGUUUGCAAGACAAUGAAGAAUUCAAAGAUGUUACAUUUAAUGUUGAGGAUCAAAAAUUUACAGCUCACAAAAUUAUCCUCGCAAGUCGAAGUCCUGUGUUUGCUGCAAUGUUCAAGAACAAAAUGACUGAGGGACUAACAUCCAUUGUCGAAAUUGAUGACAUAAAACCAGCAAUUUUUCAAAAAAUGAUGAAUUUCAUCUACACAGAUCGAGUGGAGAAUCUGGAAGAAUCAGCAGUUGAAUUAAUAUACGUAGCGGAAAAAUAUCAACUGGAGAAACUUAAAAAUUUAUGCAUCAACAGUCUUAAUGACAAACUAUCUAUUAACACAGUUAUUAAGACUCUGGAGGUUGCCGAAUUGUAUUCAAUUGAUCUGCUAAAAAAUGAAUGUCUUUCUUUUAUAUCAGAAAGAAAGUAUGACAUUAUUGAGACAAAGGAGUUUCAGGAAUUAAUGUUAACUCAUCCAAAUUUAUGGGUAGAAAUUUUAAAUGUAAAAGAAACAGAAAAAAGUCAAAGUUUUAGAUAUAAAAGUUACGAAUUGAGAUAAAUCUAUAAUAUUAAGAAACAUUUUUUCUUAAUUACUUUAAAAUGUUUUCCAAUAUAUAUGAUAC